AAAAGCCAUGGAUUUGGAUGCUUCGCAGCACUCCAACACUCGCUCAGGAACAACAUUGGAGGAGUCAAGGCCUGCAUUGUCAUGGCAGGGCCAAAUUACUGCAUUUGCAAACUUAGUUUGGGAAACAUACAAAAAGAAACCGAUCUCUUACUGGAUUCAACUGUUUCUAAGCAGCAGUGCAAUGCUAACCGCUUUUCCGGCUUCCAGCCUCUUGUCCCGCCUCUAUUUCGCCGAUGGUGGCAAGAGCAAAUGGAUUAUUUCAUGGACAGCAGUCGCCGGUUGGCCCCUAACUGCACUGUUCUUGAUCCCAGUGUACUUCUUCGGCAAAGUAUCACCAACUCCUCUAACUCUUAAACUCCUACUUUGGUACAUUGUAUUAGGCUUCCUCAGUGCAGCUGAUAACCUUAUGUUCGCGUGGGCAUACGCCUAUCUUCCAGCAUCGACAGCUUCACUCUUGGCAUCGACUUCACUUGUUUUCUCGGCUUUAUUUGGAUAUUUCAUCGUAAAGAAUCAACUGAACCUUUCUUCUAUAAAUGCCAUUGUCCUCAUCACCAUUGGUGCAGUCAUCAUUGCUUUAGAUUCAUCGUCAGACAGAUUCCCUGGCAUCUCAAAGACUCAGUACAAUCUAGGCUUCCUCUGGGACAUCCUGGGCUCGGCACUGCACGGUCUUAUCUUUGCAUUGUCCGAGCUUGUCUUCAUGAAACUUUUAGGUAGGAGAUCAUUUCACGUCGUGCUGGAACAGCAAGUCAUGGUAUCAUUUUUUGGGUUUGUAUUCACAACCAUUGGCCUUGUUAUAAACAACGAUUUCAACGGGAUGAGGUUAGAAGCAAGCAGUUUCAAGCAUGGCGGAGGUUCAUACUCUAUGGUUAUCAUUUGGGCCACAAUCACAUUUCAACUCGGGAUUCUCGGAAGCGUCGCGAUUCUCUUCCUGUCUUCAACUGUAUUGGCUGGUGUUCUGAAUGCAGUAAGAGUUCCACUUACCAGCAUUGCAGCAGUAAUUCUUUUUCAUGAUCCCAUGAGUAGUUUCAAGAUUAUAUCACUGAUUCUCACUGUCUGGGGCUUUGGAUCAUAUAUUGUUGGCCAUUCUUCUUCCUCUUCUAGCAAAGCUCCAUAGCUCUGUAAUUCUCCAUGUAUUGUAAUCAUAUUCAUAUAUUCAACAUAAAUGUCAAAGAAUUAGCAAAUGCAAGAGUAUUUUUAUUUCAUUA